UUUCUAUAUCUCUUACACGUCGGCUUCCACAAGAAGAAAGGGGAAGCACUUUCCCGCCCAUUUCUCUGCUCUUCACCCAUCAAUGGCUCCCAAAUCCGAUAGCGCAGAAGCGAUCGUGCUCAACUUCGUUAACGAGCAAAAUCGUCCACUAAACUCUCAAAAUGUUGCUGAUUCAUUACAAAAAUUCAACCUCAAGAAGACGGGGGUGCAAAAGGCACUGGAUGCGCUUGCCGAUAGUGGACGAAUUUCUUUCAAGGAGUAUGGAAAGCAGAAGAUAUAUCUCGCCCGGCAAGACCAAUUCAAGAUCCCGAACAGCGAGGAACUUACUCAAAUGAAGGAAGCAAAUGCCAAACUGCAGCAACAUCUAGCCGAGCAAAAAAAGGCUAUUACCCAGGUGGAGGAAGAAAUUCGAACGUUGCAGUCAAACUUAACGCUGAAAGAAAUGCGGGAAAAGGAAGCUAUGCUGAGAAAGGAGGUUAAGGAAUUGGAAGAAAAAUUGGAAACAUUACGCGGAGGUGUUACGUUGGUGAGCCCAGAAGACCGCAAAGCAAUCGAGCAGAUAUACUCUGAGAAACUAGGCCAGUGGCGAAAGCGAAAAAGGAUGUUCAAAGAUAUAUGGGAUGUUAUCACUGAAAACUCACCUAAGAAUCUAAAAGACUUUAAGGAAGAACUUGGCAUUGAGUACGAUGAAGAUGUGGGCGUGAAUUUGCAGUCAUUCAGCGAUAUGUUACCACAAAAUCGAAAACGGCCCAGGGGAAAGUGAGUGAUAACAUAAAAUGGGGCGUCCAAGUAGAGCAAAUGCAGGUUUCACUUUCGAGGAAAAUAAGGAUCGGUGUUCCAUGCCAGAGACAGGUUAGAUGAAGAGAAUACUAAGAUUAAGAUUAUACCACCAUCGUCAAGUAUAUUAUGAGUUGAAGCACAAAUGCUUUAGUUUGGGUAGCAUGCUUCUAUCUGACACAUGUUAGAGGCUAAGACACUUCAACACUUGUCAAACAUGUAUGGGAUGGUUUUUUUAA